AUGGCCUCCUCCUCUUCCUCCGGGCGGCCUUCACCGGUGCAACCGAGAGUCCGGCCGUCCCCGCUCGAGCUCGGAUUCGGAAACCCUAGUGCCAGCCACAACCCCUCCGUCGAAGACAGGGUGGCCCUGCUCCUCCGCGCCGCGCACGACGGUUACGUCCCCAAAAUCAAGACGCUGGCGAAGCGGCUGGAGGAGCAUGCUGGGAUGAGCGUGGACGAGGCGGUGAGAUGGGUCCAGGCCCCGUGGAGUAAGGGUCACGGGCCGCUGCACAUGGCGGCGUCGGCCGGGAAGUUUAAGGCGUGCAAGUACCUGAUCAACGAUCUCGGGCUCGAUGUCAACGCGACUGGCACCGAUGGUGCGACACCACUAGUUUUUGCAAUACAUGGUAGUGGAUCUUUAGCUGUUGUGAGGCUUCUUCUCGAUCAUGAUGCUAAUCCUAACAGAGCAGACAUCUAUGGGAGUUAUCCUCUCCACAUUGCAGCGAUUAGAGGUUACUAUGAAAUAUCAGAAUUGUUAUUGUCAAAAGGAGCUUGUGUUGACCCUCUGUGGGAAUCUAAAAGUCCACUAUAUAUUGCUGCCCAAUAUGGAAAUGCAAGAAUGGUGGAGUUAUUGUUGCAUCAUAACGCAGAGCCUAAAGAUGUGGUAUACACACCGCUGAAAGCAGCAAUCUCUGCUCGUUCAUUGAUAGGCUUGGAAUUACUUAUCAAGGCUGGCGCCCCUGUUAAUAUUGGUCUGCCUGAAACUCCACUGAUAGCAGCUGCAGCUGCUGGCUUAACUGACUUUGUCAAGUGUUUGUUGAAAGCUGACGCAAAUGCAAACAUACCCGAUGAUAAUGGUAGGGUUGCGAUAGAAAUUGCUGCAAUCCAAGGAUGGAAAGAAUGUGUCGAGGUUCUUUUCCCUGUCACGGCCCCUUUGGCUAGAGUUGCAGACUGGAGCAUUGAUGGAUUACUUCAACAUGCAAGAUUUAUGAGUUCCAAGCCACAACAUCCUGUGCUCCAUGAAGACAAUGAACCUGAUUAUGAAGCAGAAGGGGAUGCCACAUUCUGUAGAAGGGAUUAUUCUCAUGCAUUGACUCUCUAUACUAUGGCAAUGGAAAUUGACCCUGAUAAUUCAACCUUGUAUGCAAAGAGGAGCCUUUGCUUUCUGUACACAGGCUAUGAAGGAGAGGCUUUGGAGGAUGCUACUACCUACAAAGAUAUGCAUCCGGAUUUAUCAAAAUCCUGCUAUGAGCAAGGAGCAGCUCUUAUUCUGGUCAAGGUGGGGAGUGAUACAAAUAGCAAUGACUUUUGA